AUGUCGUCUUCACGGAGCCGCCGAGCCCCUCGCCCCGUCGUCGCACCUAUCAAGACCGACACUGCAAGCUUCCCAGAUGGAUGCCAUAGGUUCUCAAACCGGCUUUCGAUUCCUUAUAGCGGGAUGACCCGCUCAAGGCUCAACUCGCUCGGCUGCGCACGGGAUAUGAUACACUCCAGUGCCAGCCCCAUGAGACGGAAUCUCAGCGUCCCGGAGGCGAUGUCUGACGCUUCUGAAGUGAUGACUCCGUUUGGGACAGUUUGGAUUUCGAGGCAGGUAUGCCCAACCCCGGUGUCUGACGUCUCGCCGCGCACAAAGGGUUGGCCUGCUGUUGUUGAGGCGCAUGCUAUAAGACCUCGGCAAAUGUCCAUGGGGCAUGGCGAUAUGUUUCGACAAAGCACGGCCGGGGCCAUUCGCAUGUCAUAUGUAAAUCUACCGGCAAACCGCAGGCGGUCCAUGCCUGCGUAUGGAGCUGCCCACCGACACCUACAUAUGCAACUUCAGCAGAUUCAACAAUAUCGCCACUCACUCUGGGAACAAGGUCACAGGAUAUUUGGUCGCUCAGAAGAAGCAGAUUUCCUGGUCAAGCCACUGCAGCUCCGACGGCCACGUAGAGAAAUCAGAUCGUGGUCAGAAGGGCCGUCUUCCGCGUCGCCAUUGUCUAAGCGCGUCUUGGUUCGUGCCAUCAUUCGCUCAAAAUUACACGUCCCCAUUGGCCUGAAGCGCGAAUUCGACCUGGACGACUUGAGAGCUACGAUACCAGACCCUAUACCUUCUCCUCAGUCGAGCAACUUCAAUCGCGAGGUACUGCUAUCCAGGCUGGAGCUGUCUGAAGAAGACAUGGGCCCGCAAUCUCCGGUGGAUUCAGAGAUGGCCGAUGAUGGUGAUAGCGAUGUUGUUGUAAAGACUGAAAAACCGGACAUGCCUCCAUUUCUCAAGCCCCCGAAAUUCACACCCAAAAAAGCUACUUCUGUACCCAUGAGUGUCCAAUAUGCGCGAGCACAGUUGCCGGCGUUAGCUGCCAUUAUGAUGUCGAAUCGAGUCAGACGAGGAGAUACAAUAGAACUCGCAAUGCCUCAUCCAAGCGCGUGGCCCUCGACCGUAGCUUACGUCUACACUGGAGAGAGAGAGCUCCUCAAAGAUAAUGUUAGAGAGAAUAUUUUGUAUCUUGGCGGCAAAAUUUGA